AUGCCUUUCUUCACCUCCCCCAAUGCCUUCCACAAUGCCAAUUUCAUGGCAACCUCGUUCUCGAAUCUCAACAUCCCCGCGGUCCCCGGCAUGCCGUCUCAGCCCGCAAUGAACCAAGCCCAGUUGUCUUCUGGAAUGGCAACUCCACUUCCUCCGCACUCCUCACAUCCCGCGCUACCUCGUCUCACUAUGCUUGUCUUCGAAGCGGUCUUGGAGGUGGUUUGUGUCAGCUUGCCCGGCUAUAUUAUAGCCCGCCAGGGCAUGUUCACGGCAGAGAUGCAGAAGUUUGCUGCCAACCUCAACGUCACCGUCUUUACCCCAUGCCUCAUCUUCACCAAGCUAGCCUCCCAACUUACAACAGACAAACUUGCGGACCUUGCCAUUAUUCCCCUCAUUUUUAUAGUUCAAACACUCAUUUCAUACCUCUGUUCCAUCGCUGUAUCAAAGGCGUUUGGUUUUUCGAAGAGGCCUCGCAACUUUGUGAUCGCCAUGGGGGUCUUUGGCAAUUCCAAUUCGCUGCCAAUUUCCUUGGUCUUAUCGCUCUCACAGACUAUUAAGGGACUACAUUGGAACAAUGUGCCUGGGGACAACGAUGACGAAGUUGCGGCCCGCGGCAUACUGUACUUGUUGAUCUUUCAACAGCUUGGACAAUUAGUCAGAUGGAGCUGGGGCUACAACGUCCUGCUUGCGCCAGCGGAGAAGGUCAAGGGUACUGCUGAGAACGCCAACUCGCGCCUUGAGACGGGGGAGGCAGAAUUGGGGGAAAGCGAGCCUCUCAUGAGGGGAUCAUCGACUGAUGGAGAAGGAGAUGAGCAGGACGUCAGCGGCUCUGAUGAUACCAGGGUCGAAAGCCGAAAGGCUGGCAUGGGAAAUGCAAGCGGCUCCCAAUACGGAUCCGAAUUCAGGUCAGGACAGCAGACGCCGGAGACGCAUCGGCAACAUACCUCUUCAUUCUCCACAGCAUGCUCGAGUGGCGGUCUAAGCAAGUCUGGACCAGACCCUGACCUUUUGCCAACCCCAGCCAACGGUAACAUAAAACCUGCAGGACGGAUGAUGUCUUUCCCUUCAGAAUGGUCAAAAGCUGAUCCGAUCGACGGAGAUGUCCCACAAGGUCUGAAAGGGAUUCCAAUGCGAUGUCGAACGGCAAUGAAGAAAGCCACUUGUACAUUUUCUCGUUUCAUUUCAAAGACCUCCGGGUCAGCUUUCGGGGCCUUGCCAGGUCCAUUGCAAAGGGGCACGACCAAGAUUGCAACCGCGGUUGGAAGAUUCUUGCUCGGAGUCUGGUCGUUCAUGAACCCACCUCUAUGGGCUAUGCUGGUAGCAAUCGUUGUGGCCUCCAUUCCGGAUCUACAAAGAUUCUUCUUUGCGAACGGCACCUUUUUUAAGAAUUCUGUGACAAGUGCCAUACGGCAAAGUGGAGGAGUAGCCGUCCCAUUGAUCUUGGUCGUGCUUGGCGGAAAUCUAGCGCGCAAUACACUCCCAGCAGAUCCAAGCCAUACUAGAGAAGAUGAGAAAGAAGAGACGAAGCUUCUCAUCGCCUCCAUUAUCAGCCGCAUGCUGCUACCAUUCAUCAUCAUGGCUCCUCUACUGGCGGUGACCGCAAAGUACGUACCCGUCAGCAUACUGGAUGACCCAAUAUUCGUGAUUGUUUGCUUUUUGAUCACCGGAGCGCCCAGCGCACUGCAAUUGGCGCAGAUCUGCCAGAUCAACAAUGUCUACAUGGGGGCAAUGUCAAGGCUUUUAUUCCAGAGCUACGUGGUUUGGAUUCUGCCAUCGACUCUGGUGCUAGUGAUGUGUGCAUUGGAGGUUGUCGAAUGGGCACAACGAUAA